UUUUUUUUUUAUCUUACUUUUCCCCCUGCAGACUGGCGUCUUGAAUCCCUCCAAUUUCCUAUAUUUUUACAUAAGAUCCGGGACCCGCCCCGCCGUGAGUGGACGACGUUUGGACUUGGCUGCUAAGUUGGGGAGUCGUCAUCACAAAGCAGGCUAAACCACUAGUUUGCACUUCCUGCCGCAUCCCGCGCGCCCCAACUUUCCCUUCCCCCCCGAUACCCAUACUCUCACCCACACUCUUACUCUCCUGCUCAGCUCUCCGCUGGUCUUCCUAAUUCUAUGUCCCUGAUUCUCUGGACUGUGCGUCAUACCGGUGCUCGAUCUACGGGUUGAAGAUUUUCAUUCGUUGGAUGGAUCGUUGAAUUCCACUCACCCGAGCUCGUUGGUUCGCCGCUUAAGGACACGGAUGCGGUAGGGACGGACUCCAAACUGGAUGACGAACGUUGUGUUGUAGAGCCUUCCCAUGGCGCGUUGCCUUUGGCGAUCUCCCACCUAGAGUUGAUUUCCUUUAGGAGAGCUGACGAAUCCCUUCCUCUCGGGUAUAACCCUUAUCGUCGCCAGGGAUGAAUUCCAGUACCAGCUUUGCCGAUACCCUUAGCCCUGGGACAAGUAGUACGAACACCACCCGCAGAUCCACCUCGACCGUGCGAUCACGCCCUCGCCGCUUGGUGUCUUUCACCGAUGAUGAGAGUGAUAAUGGGAGACAGUUGGGACACUCCGGAUCGUCCACCGUGCUUUCGUCGGACCUCCCGACGCCUCGGUCUCGCGGUGCUACCCCGUCACCCUACAGAUCCCGUGGAGUUUCGCCAAUGCCUAUGAGACACCCUUCCCGUGUCACUUCAUCGCCUGGUCGCGGUCCGAGCAACUCGUUGGGUGGGUUCAGCUAUACUGGCAAGAACCAGGUCAACUUCGCGGAGUCGUCGCGAGCCGCUGUUGACUUUCUUGAUGCGUCGUGGUCGUCAUUACAGAGUUUGGCCUCCUCGGUCCUAGGGAGUGAUAUCGCCCGGCCGGCCACCAAUGGAACGACACGCACCCAUACGAGAAAACCUUCCCGCCCCGAUUCGUAUACCGUAACCCCUUCACGAACGUGGGCACCCUUAUCUUGGGGACCGACAGCCCCAUCGACCUCAGAUAUUGGCGCCGGAACCAAGGAAGAACGGCAAGCAUUCGUACAGGCAAAGAAAAGGGAGGCUUUGUUACUGGCAGAUACAGAGACAAAUGGAAGUCUCACCACUCGACACAAACGCCGCGAUUCCUGCGACCGGACGGUCCAUUCGACUGCUGGUCCCAAUCAGGAUGAGGAAGCGCUGGCAUACGUACAUCACGUCCAACCGACGGACAGUAUAACUGGUGUUACGAUACGCUAUGGCUGCCAGCCCGCGAUAUUCAGAAAGGCAAAUGGAUUUUGGCCUAGUGAUAGCAUUCAAGGUCGGAAGACUGUACUUUUACCCGUUGAUUCUUGCUCAGUCAAAGGACGACCCAUUCGGCAUGAUUUAAACCUUGUGGGUACUGAGAGUCCCAGGCGUGACUCUCUGGAAGACCCAAGUGGAAGCUCAAUAGCUCCGAGUUCGUCUCCAGGGCCGUCUGAUAAAACAGAUACAGACGCUUCCUCAGAAGUGGAAGCUGACCGAAUAUGGAAACAUGAGUCAUGGGUACAGAUUGAUGGCUUCACUGCACCUGUAGAGAUUGGCCGUGUUCCUCGUAGGGCGUUAGGGUUCUUUCCGCGCUCGAGACGGAAGUCGCUUUCUUAUACCGACUCUGAGAACCCUUCGUUCUCGGGACGCGAGAGAAUCCCAAAAUUAUCCUCGACGUCAUCACCCAUUGAAUCUCAAGCUUCGCAACCUACAUCUCCGUUAGGGAAUCGACCCCACGCGGACUCGUCGGGGUCACGAAUCUCAGCUAAAUCUAGCCCUACCGUACGCCAUCAACGCCAGCGCAGCAACAUACAACUUUCCGGGCCGGGCGUUGGUACCCUUGAUCGUGACACAAUGGCCCCUGGACCGGCUCUUGAUGGUCUGAGUAAAUUCUUUGCGCAGCAUCUACCGAACCUUACUCCUGCUCCUGCUCCACCGAACUUUCAAGACUCCACCGAGUACACGUCAAAUACAGUGUCCAACACUCCCACCGGCUUGGACAAUAUAGGCGGCGCAGUCGAGGGCUGGGUCCGGAAGAUGACUAGUCGAGCGAAGGCCGGCCUGAAUGAACUACAGCAAACCACACAUAGCCACCAAAUGAACGGCACGACCCGUCGAACCGGCACACGGGGAGUAGGAGACCUGAUUGAACUUAACGACGGGUUAGAGUCUCGAGAUGCUUCGAAGACACGGUGGAGACCUGAGUUCAACCGAUCCGGAACAAGUCUUCACAACGGGACGUCAGUGAGUGGUCGCUACCCUAGCCCUUCGGCAGCAACGAGCAGGACUCGUGCCACGGGUGACAGGUUUAAGGACGAUUGAUGUCCAGGGAUUAUACUACUGCACGAUUUGCUGCAAGACGACCUUCUUUCUUUUCGAAAAUAUUUUUAUCUUCUCUUGGCAAUCCGUUCGGGUAGCGGCAACGAGGGACCGGAUCAACUCUUGUGGGUCUUUGUGAUAUAGGAUAUCUUUCAUGUACGCUUAUAGCAUAGCGCGGCGCAACAGGGUCAUACUGUUGGCUAGUUGAUGAUACAUUGUAAUUGCUUGUUGAUUUAUACAGUUGGCUGUUAGGAUCGAUUUUUUUUUUUUUUUU